CUACAGGAAGCACUUGAACGCACCACCGCAUUACGACAGCACGGAGGGGAAAAGAUGCAGACUAUAAAGUGUGUGGUGGUGGGUGACGGUGCGGUGGGAAAGACCUGCCUUCUCAUCUCCUACACAACCAACAAGUUUCCCUCGGAGUACGUCCCCACUGUGUUUGACAACUAUGCAGUGACGGUGAUGAUUGGCGGGGAGCCGUACACCCUUGGACUCUUUGACACUGCAGGUCAGGAGGACUACGACAGACUGAGACCCCUCAGCUACCCUCAGACCGAUGUCUUCCUCGUCUGUUUCUCUGUUGUAUCACCUUCCUCCUUUGAAAACGUCCGAGAGAAGUGGGUGCCAGAGAUCUCCCACCACUGCCCCAGGACACCCUUCCUGCUGGUCGGGACGCAGGUGGAUCUGCGAGACGACAACAACACCUUGGACAAACUGGCCAAGAACAAACAGCGACCUCUUACCUCUGAGAGUGGAGAGAAACUGGCCCGCGAGCUCAGAGCUGUUAAAUAUGUGGAGUGCUCGGCGCUGACGCAGAGAGGACUGAAGAACGUGUUUGACGAGGCCAUCCUGGCAGCCCUGGAGCCUCCCGACAUCAAACCCAAGAAGCGCUGCUUCCUCCUAUAGACACGGCCGAGGAAGAGGAGGUGGAYGAGGAAGAGCUCAUCCUGUCCGGGAGCAGAGGGAGGGAGCACCGAGGGGAGGGUGGGUGACGCAGACACGUGUUCAAACAGUGCCUUCAGCCGUAGCGGGCUAACCUGGGUGUGGUGUUGGAACACAUUUAACUUCCUGACAGAAACGUGUCGUUUAACAUGACUAACACACAUGAACUACACUCCUCACUAACAGAAACAUGGCUUUAGCACCGCAACGAAGCAGGUCGAACAAUAAAGACUUGAACCUCAAGACUUCUUCAAGAUGCAAUAAAUGGAGUCAGGUUUAUAAGUAAAACUGCAAACACUCCAUGUUUAGGAAAUAAUUUAGGCUCUGAUGAUGUUAGAAGAGGCAAAAACUACAUUUGGAGAUAAACAAUGAGGCACAACGUUGUAAAUGUUUAAAACACUUUUCUCUUUAUUAAAUGUCAGCUUUUACUCCUGUGUAACAAAAUCAAACUAAAAGCUUUUCUCUGUAUUUGACUUUUUUAACUACAUGUUUUCACAGGAAAAAUCUAUUGUAAGAAAAUUUCGUCCAAAAUAGAAGAAAGCAGAAAUAAAAGAUUAUACCUGCCCCUUUUUUUCCCCUCAAAAUUAUAAUCAAACAAUAAUAAUAUAUAAAACAAAAUCAAGUUCAAAAUCAACUCCUAUCUGCACUAUGCCAUAUUUUAUUUAAGUUAAAUGGACCUUACAAUUAUUUAAUCACCCAGGGCAGAAGCCUUCCUCGACCAGAAGCUUUAAAGAUAUUUUUAUUUCCAUGUUUCUUUAAACAAAAGUUGAAUAAAUCAAUGUUAGAGAACAAACCUCAGAGAAUGGAUUAAAACUAAAAUCUUUUAAAGAUUUAGUUUUUGUUGUUGCCUUAAACAAAAAGAAGACUGAAAGAUGAAAAGCAGUCAGAGCUCUGACAUUUUGUGCCUUAUUGAUGAACGUUAUUGUCCCAACUCUGCCUUUCCUGACCUUUGACCUUUGACCGGACUUUAUUGUUCUUUGAAACGACUUGAGAUCAACUUUUCCUCCAACAAUCUCUUCCUGUUUUUUAUUCUGAUGAUGUCUGGAUGAUUAAGAGUAUUAUUUAGAUUUUUUAGAGAUUUUUUUUCUCUUUGCUGUUUCUUGGGGAACAGUCUUCUUGCAGGUUUUUGGAUAUUUUGUACUAUUUGCUGCCAACAGAUAAGUCUAUCUGCGUUGGUUUGAUAAAACUAAGAGACCUUUUAUGAUAAGCUUUCAAACAGACUAAAGAAUUUAUUUAAAGCGAGAUUUACAAAUGCAGAAAUUUGUACUCUGUACUGAGRUUUGAAUGUUUGAAGUGGUGGGGUGUUUGGAAAUAAAUUAGUACUUGAAUGUU